UCCGCGUCCCCUCCUUUCCCCGGUCACUAUGAUGGCGUCAUCACCGUGCGCCGGAAGCGGCGCACGUGGCAGCAUGGAGGAGCUGGUGUCGGGGCUGCACGAGGUGCGGGCUGUGCGCUUCGGCGACUUCGUGCUCAAGAGCGGGCUCCGCUCCCCGGUCUACAUCGACCUGCGCGUCAUCGUGUCGCACCCGCCGCUGCUUAACCAGGUUGCAGAUCUUCUGUUCCAAACUGCCAAAGAUGCUAGAAUCAAGUAUGACUCAGUAUGUGGAGUCCCAUAUACGGCGUUGCCUUUGGCUACUAUUAUCUGCUCCACCAAGCAGAUCCCAAUGCUUAUACGGAGGAAGGAAGCUAAGGACUACGGAACAAAGCGUCUGGUGGAAGGUACAAUUGAGCCAGGACAAACCUGUUUGAUCAUUGAGGACAUUGUCACAAGCGGAUCUAGUGUCUUGGAGACAGUAGAGGUUCUUCAGAAAGAAGGGUUAAAAGUCACUGAUGCCAUAGUGCUGUUGGACAGGGAACAGGGGGGGAAAGCCAUGUUAGCAGACAAAGGAAUUCACCUGCACUCUGUCUGUACCUUGUCCACUGUGCUGGAGAUUCUCCAGAAGCAAAAGAAAGUUGACUCUGAAACAGUUAAGGAGGUGCAGAAAUUCAUUGAGGGUGCAGUCUUCAAACCAUCACAGCAAAACGGGAUUGCUCCCGGGAAAAGACUGUGCAAAGAAAUGACCUUCAGCACUCGUGCUCAACUGCCUGGGAUUCAUCCUAUUGCCACAAGACUCCUCAGCCUUAUGGAGAAGAAACAAACCAACCUGUGCCUUUCUGCUGAUGUCACAGACUCCAAGGAGCUUCUAGAACUGGCUGCUACCCUAGGUUCCAGCAUUUGCAUCUUAAAGACCCAUGUAGAUAUCCUGAAAGAUUUCACUCCAGAGGUAGCAAAGGAAUUGAGAGCUCUUGCAGACAAACACCAGUUCUUGAUCUUUGAAGACCGAAAGUUUGCAGACAUUGGAAACACUGUGAAACAUCAGUAUGAAGGUGGCAUAUUCAAGAUCGCUUCCUGGGCAGAUUUUGUCAAUGCUCAUGUGGUCCCAGGCUCUGGAGUUGUGAAAGGGCUGAAAGAAAUUGGGCUUCCUUUGCAACGAGGCUGCCUCUUGAUUGCCGAGAUGAGCUCCCAAGGAUCGCUUGCUACUGGUGACUACACCAAAGCUGCAGUACAAAUGGCAGAGGAAAACUCAGACUUUGUUUUUGGAUUCAUUGCUGGCUCUCAAGUUAGUAACAAACCAGAGUUUCUUCAUUUGACUCCAGGCGUCCAAUUGCAAGCUGGAGGUGAUGCCCUUGGACAACAGUACUUAAGCCCUCAGGAAGUUAUUGGCAACAGAGGGUCUGACAUCAUUAUUGUGGGACGUGGCAUCUUAUCUGCAUCGAAUCGUCUUGAAGAAGCAGAGAAGUACAGGAAGGCAGGAUGGGAGAGCUACCUGAGCAGACUUGGGGUUCACACACAAGACUGAUCUGAGCUUGAGUCAUUCCAGUGAACAGAUUAAUCCAGUGCAUUCAAGAAGGCACUUGUAUUAUUGGAAGAAGGUUCUCCAUGGUUUUUUAGAUGGGGAGUUGUUAUUAAAUCAAUGGAAUAUUUUCUUUUAAGGAAUGAAUCUGCUGUUGACUAAAUAUGUAAUGAUCCAUAUAUACAGUCAUGCUCAUACUGAAGGAUUUAUUUAAAAAUGUAAAAUCAAAAGUCACUGCUUGGCUUGGAUUUCCAGCCAGUCUGAAACUAGACUGCUUGCUGCUUAGUUUAGACGAGAGUAAAUGAGAACACUCCAAGGUGAACUUGCAUAGUUAUCGUAGUCCUCUUGUUUUUCUUUUGGUUAUGGGAACAGUACAGGGGCAGUUCCUUCAGUACUGUACUACUACGUGGACCUUUCAGUGCUCAAACACAACCUACCAUGUUCUAAUUCUCACCAUGCGAAGUGCAGCAAUGUGCAGUUUAAUAAACAUUUUCAGCGAGUCUUCCUAAAUUGAAUUUAUUAAGUUACUACUGAUUUAUUACUGUACUUGUACGUUCCUUGUCUUGUGCCUCAACUGUUGUUUUUUGUUGGGUUUUUUUUAAAGAAGAUGGAAGGGUAUUGGGAGCCAUGAACCUGAGGUUAUGACUAGUCAAAAUUGUUUGGUAUGAUGGUUCAUCUCAAAAUCACUCUGACAGAAUUAAGCUCUAGCUACUCACUGGGUAUGUCUGCAUGUUCAUUAAUGUGCCGUAAUUAAGGCACAUUAAGUUUAGUACCUGUAAUAACAGGUACUAACUUAGCGCGCUGUAAUUGGCACUACUGUGCAGUAGCACUAGCAUGCUUUUUCCGUGACACUAAUGUGCUGUAGACUAAUCCUACUGCAUUAGCACGGUUUUUGCCUGCUGUGCUUAUGUACAGUAGAAUUAGUCUACUGCGCAUUUAGCGUCUCGUGUAGAUGUGCCCAUUAUCACAAAGUGGUUUGAAGUAGGAAUGAGGGUGGGUUCAAUAAUGAGAAGCAAAAGCUUAAGAUCUUGGCAUUACUCCACUGUUUAUGCUUUUUUCUGUAGAAAUAAAUUAGAAUUGAAAUACUU